AAAAUCCUAAACACUUAAAAACCUGUUACACAAGCCUUCUCGUGAGAGGGACAAAACAGAGGUAAAGGAGGGAGAGAGAGAGAGAGAGAAAGAGAGAUGGUUGUACUUCUUCAGCUUCCAAGAUUUCACGCAUCGGUCUUUCUCACGAAACCACCUUCUCUCUGCAAAACCCAUUUCCAUCUUCUCCUAAAACCCAAAAUACCCAUUACAAUCAAAUCCACUCUCUCAACCAUCUCCGACCCAACGCAAAAUCUCGCUAUCCCGGAGGAAGAGACCCACGUCCAAGUUUCCCUUGAGAAGCUCUUUGUCCCUCCGGAAACCGACGUUCCUUCCGGUAGUUCUACUUCGAGUCUGAGUGCGAGAAUCUUGAAGGGCUCGAAUAUUGUGCUGGCUAAGUACGCGAGGGACGCUCAGAUUUCGCAAGCCGAUUUUGUCAAAAGCAGUGUCAGGACUGAGGAUUGCCCCUCCGAUGGCCUCCCUGAGUUUGCGCUUGUAGGCCGCUCUAAUGUCGGCAAGUCCUCGCUGCUCAACUCGCUUGUUCGCCGCAAGCGCCUCGCCCUUACUUCCAAAAAACCUGGGAAGACUCAAUGCAUCAACCAUUUUAGGAUCAAUGAUAGCUGGUACCUGGUGGAUUUGCCUGGCUACGGGUAUGCAGCUGCACCACAGGAACUUCGCAUAGACUGGGAGAAGUUCACUAAAGACUAUUUCCUGAAUCGACCAACUCUAGUUUCUGUUUUCCUUCUCAUAGAUGCUAGCAUUCCUGCCAAAAAAAUUGAUCUUGAGUAUGCUAGUUGGCUGGGUGUGAAUCAGAUUCCCAUGACGUUGAUCUUCACCAAAUGUGACAAGCGGAAGAAGAAAAAGAAUGGAGGGAAAAGAACAGAAGAAAAUGUGAAUGAUUUUCAGGAGUUGAUACGAGGCUUCUUCCAAACAGCACCACCAUGGAUUAUGACUAGCAGCGUUACCAAUCAGGGUCGCGAUGAGAUACUACUGCAUAUGGCUCAGUUACGGAACUACUGGCUCAAGCACUAGGAAGUACAUGUCAAGCCUUCCUGUCCCAAUUAGUUGAAUUGAUUGCUGCCUAAGCCAGAAGCUUCAAGGAAGAAUAAGGAAGCUAAGAAGCCUCAGGAACAAUAUAUUAUUUUGCCUAUUUCAGACGUGUCAACACACUUCCACGUGGUAGAACCCCAUGUCAACUACGGCCCCAUUAUGUGCUAUUGAGCUCCUCUAAGCCCAUCCUCCAACUUCCUCCUCUCAUUUUCUCAAUGCGCUGGGCCUCAAGCUAGCCAUCAACCUUCUCAGAUUCAGCACGAUGGGGGCUUUAAAGCGGGCUCUGUUGCGAAUGUGGUUUAUUCUUCUUGCUUAUCUGAAUAUUUUGUUACAUCCAAGAAGAAUUAUGUCUCUAAAUACGGUAAUUCCUUCAGCCGUAGAUGUAAAGUUAUGGAUAAUUAUGUCUCUGCAAACACUAAUUUUAUGGACAUAUUACCAUCUCGCUAAUCUGUGAAA